UAAACAUUUGUUUCACUACGGACAGUUUGAUCGUCGCACAAGGAGGAAACGUGUAUGGACGACAUUGUAGGCGUUUGUGAAGAGCAAUCAUGUAUAGAAUAUUACUAUUGUCCGUCUGUCCGGUUAGAAAUCGUGCAUUACAUGUGUACAUCCGCGAGGCAUGUUUAAGGUCGUCGAAAUGUGAUAUAGUUUCACUCCCCAUUUGCAGAGCUACGAAUGGAGGGGUCUUCAAUGCAUUUGGCACAAGCUCUGUCAUCCACUGUGAAAAGAAAGAGGGGCCACUCCCUCCCAAGGAAGAAAAUAGUGCAUUGAAGGAUGGUGAGCAGAAGGUAGCAGUAAAGAUGGUUGGAGAGAAGGUCAUAGAGCUACAAGAUUAUGUAAAAAUGGUAGCAGAACAGAGCGAGCAGAGAGUAGGGGUGAAAAUGGAGGGAGUAACAGAGAGUGUCAAAAUUGAGGAAAUUCCAGUUAAGAUGGAUAGUGAGAAAAUGGAAGAAAUCCAGACUAAAACAGCACUUUUGCCCAUUCCAGAAGUAAAGCUGGAGGAUGUAAAGGAGAGUGAGGAAAUGAAAGAAAUCAUGUUAGCCAGUAAAACAGAGGAGGUUAAACAAAAGCUAGAAGUAACAAUGGCGGUAGUAAAGGAGGGUGAAACAAUUGUUGAGAUCCAGGUUAAAACAGAAGAGGUUGUAGAUGUAAAGAAAGAGGGAGACAAAGUUGUAGAGGAGCAGAUGUUAGAGGUCAAUAAGGAGGAACAACAGACAGAAGCCCCCCCCAAGGAUGAAAUUCAGCCUGUGAAGAGUGGGAAGGAGAGUCUGCUGGACCUCCUGGGGGCCAUGAAGGUCGAGGUGACCAACAAAAGGAAGUUUAAGGCCUUAAAGGUGCAGAGGACCUCUGAGACUGCUGCCAGGCCCAUGCCAGCAGCUAUGGAGAGCACCACCAGUAUGUUCCAGGAGGCCACUGGAAUGGCUGACGUACCAGCACCUGCCCCAAGUGAGACACUGAGCCCUGAGCUGGUUGCUGCUGUCUCUGCUGCUGCAGCUACUUUACCUAGCCAAAGCCAGGCUGAGUCAGAGCUGCUGAAGAAGCUGAGGCAACAUGAAGCUAUCGGAGAGGCGCAGAAGAACGGGGACGUCAACAACAUUGGGGUUAUCAUUGCUGACAUGAAGGUGGGGAAGAAGCCCAACGGCAGGCAGAACGCCCGGCCGGCCAAUCAGAUCCGCUUUGAUGAAGAUGGGAGGGGCUACACCCAUGAUAGAGGCAUCACUGCAGAGUUGGAUGGUGGAUUACGGAGGAGGAGAAGUCUAUUUUCAGGGAAAAGGCUGAACAUCUUCACCCCGAGCACUGAACCGGAGGCAGACACAGAUAUAGCUGUUCCGACCCUAUGGGACAUGGAGUUAGCCAAUCAAGUGGCCCUGUCAACCAAUCAAAUGCCUCGUAAUGGCUUUGAGGAGAUGAUCCAGUGGACCAAAGAGGGCAGGCUGUGGCAGUAUCCAAUUAACAAUGAGGCUGGUCUUGAGGCGGAGGCCCAGGUGCCCUUCCAUGAGCACGUGUUCCUGGAGAAACACCUGGAGGAAGGCUUCCCACGCCAGGGACCUGUCAGACACUUCAUGGAGCUGGUGGUCUCGGGCCUGGCUAAAAAUCCCUACUACACAAUACAGCAAAAGAGAGAACAUAUAGCCUGGUUCAGGGACUACUUUCAGCAGAAAGAGGAGGUCCUCAAGGAGGCAGAGGUUUACCUCAACUGAACUGUGUUGGCAAAAUUUAAGAGAAACACAAUCUUUAAGUAAUUUAUGAUCACACAAAUGCUAACGUGGGAUUUAAGGGUUGUAGACUCCUAUGGCAUGACAGCCUUGUCUCAGGGCUAGGGUGAUCAGUAUACUAAAACAAUAAUGACAGACACACUCCCCUCCUGAAAACGGUCACUCAAGAGAUUGGAUGGUAUUUUCCCAUGAGAGAACCAAUGGAGAUGGUUAACAGAGACCCUGGCAUAGCCCUUAAUCGGAUACACCAUGUAUUGCUUUGGUUGUUCAGAGACUCUUUAACUAUACACACCGUGCCGUUUCUCUACCUUGACAAUUCCACUGUUGGUGUCUGAUCAAGGACAAGUACACUGCUCAAAAAAAUAAAGGGAACACUAAAAUAACA